GGUUACAUCUUUUUCAUUGGACAGCUUUUAGAGUUUCUCUUAACCAUUGUGGGCAGUGCACGACUAAGAAAGGUUGUUCUGAGUAAUGUUAAGCAGUUGGUAUAUCAUACAAUAACACUUCUUCAAAUGACCGAGCAACAGGCAAGGGUUCAUACAUGGUCAGUGGAUGCUAAUCAAUUCGUGGCUGAUGAGGAUGACGAGACUCAUAGUUGUCGUGUUUCUGGUGCCCUUUUACUGGAAGAGGUGAUAAAUUCUUGUGGUGUAGAAGGGAUCAAUGCGAUUGUAGAUGCUACGAGAGAAAGGUUCAACGAGUCCCAACAAGAACAGGUUGCUGGUUCAUCAGUGUGGUGGAGACUUAGGGAGGCAACACUCUAUACUUUGACUUCAGUCUCAGAUCAGCUUCUCGAAGCUGAGGAUUAUGGGGUUACCAACUUUUUCUUAGGAAAGCUUAUAGAGUCGCUUGUUGCCGAAGACAUUAGAAUUGGGCCCCAUGAAUAUCCCUUUCUUUGUGCCCGUGUUCUUACAUUGGUCGCUAAAUUCUCCCCUGUGAUAAGCCACAUGGUCCUUGAGCAAUUCCUUUAUGCUGCAAUGAAAGCUGUUGGCAUGGAUGUGCCCCCACCUGUGAAGGUAGGUGCUUGCCGAGCGCUUUCUAAGCUUCUGCCUGAAGCUAACAAAGAAGUUGUCCAACCUCAACUAAUUGGGUUAUUGUCAUCCCUUACAGAUUUACUUCAACAGGCAUCUGAUGAAACUUUACACCUUGUCCUUGAAACACUACAAGCUGCAAUUAAGUCAAGUGCCAAAGUAUCUGGACCAAUUGAGUCUAUAAUCUCGCCUGUGAUUCUUAAUGUGUGGGCGUCACAUAUUUCUGAUCCUUUUAUUGGUAUCGAUGAGAUUGAAGUUUUGGAGGCAAUAAAGAAUGCACCUGGUGGUAUUCAUCCAUUGGUUUCUCGAGUUCUGCCUCAUGUAGGGCCAAUUUUGAACAAGCCACGAGAGCAGCCAGAAGGUUUGGUAGCUAGAUCACUUGAUCUGAAUGCUCCAAUGGAUGUUGUGAGGGUACUAUAUGAUGUUUGCUUCAACGCUGUAACUAGGAUUGUUCUUCAGAACGACGACCAUAGUGAACUGCAGAAUGCAACCCAAUGUUUGGCUGCAUUUAUAUCUGGAGGAAGGCAGGAAGUUCUUGCUUGGGCUGCUGAUUCUAGAUUUGCGAUGAGAAGUUUGCUUGAUGUAGCUUCAAGGCUUCUAGAUCCCAAUCUUGAUAGCUCGGGUUCUCUUUUUGUUGGGAAUUAUAUUUUGCAACUUAUUUUGCAUCUACCGCUGCAAAUGGCACAACAUACCUCGGAUCUUAUUACUGCUCUUGUUAGAAGAAUGCAGUCUUCUCAAAUAGCUGGAUUGAGAAGUUCAUUGAUAGUUCUUUUUGCUAAAAUGGUCCACAUGAGUGCCCCUAAUGUGGAAAAGUUUAUCGAUUUGCUUGUUAGUAUCCCAGCCGCGGACCAUGAUAAUGCCUUUGUUUAUGUCAUGUCAGAAUGGACAAAGCAACAAGGGGAGAUUCAGGGAGCCUAUCAGAUUAAGGUGACAACCAGUGCUUUGGCAUUGUUGCUCUCCACCAGCCACCCUCAACUUGGAAAAGUUUAUGUGCAAGGCCAUCUAAUCAAGUCUACAGAAGGGAUAACUACACGCUCAAAGGCUAAAGUGACCCCUGAGAAAUGGACCAUGGUGGCACUACUUUUCAAGAUAGCGUCUUUAUUGGCAGACACACUUCUUGAAAUGCAUGAACAAUUUUAGUUUGAUGAUGAUGAGAUUAAUGUGGCAUCUUACCUUGGCGACUUCUUUACAAAAUUGUGAAAUGGGGAUAGGCAGCUGUUUGACCAUUUGUGCCAGAACUUGACGCAAGAUCAAGUGCAGGCUAUUCAGACGGUAAUGGUACAUCUCUAAGCCAUGAUUCGUGAUCGUGUGGAUUGCUUGCGAACAAGUACGUUCGUUACAUUCCUCGAUCAUUCCUUACAGAGCUUUUGGCAUAAGUUUUUGGGGCCAGG